CUGGACGAUGGGAAUGCUCGCUGCUUGGGGUACCGUCCUGAUUUGAAAAAGCCCUAUCAGUAUCUCACUUACAAGGAAGUGUUUGAAAAAGCACGUGACUUCGGAUCAGCCCUCAUCAACAAGCUUCAUCUCAAACCUGGCGACGAAACAUAUCUCGGAAUUUAUGCCAGAAACUGUCCCGAAUGGUUUAUCAGUGCAUUCGGCUGUACGCUGCAGUCAGUCUCGAUCGUUCCCCUGUACGAUACAUUCGGUCCCGAUGCAAUCACGUACAUUCUGCAGCAGGUUCAAAUGACGACAAUCGUUGUUGAUACGUUUGCAAAAGCCGAGAAACUCUUAGCAAAAAGUGAACAGUUCCCAUCGCUGAAAACUAUAAUCGUCAUUGAGGAGAAAUUGCCUGAAAAACUGACAGAGAAUUAUCGAACCGUUCAAGUAAGUUUGUUUUAUCGGCUAAAUGAUUUAUUUUUGGAAUUUUCGUCGUUCACUCAUCCAGUUGCACUUAUUACAGACAAGGAAUACCGACCCAACAUAAUCGCUUUGUCCAUAGCCACAACUGCUUUAACACCAUACUCAAUACAGGCAGAAAUUGUUUCACGUGCGAUUUUCUAUGUGACCGGGUGUUUGGAUGCUAUCAUUCGUCUUAUAACAUCAAACUUUACAGAUUUACACCUUCAACGAGAUUCUGAAAGAAGGACACAACGAUAUUGCAGAAAUGAAUCUCCCAAAACCACAAAACACAUACAUUAUUUGGAAUUCAAGUACUUUCUUCAUUCCAAUCAAAUGAACGUUGCUUUCAGCUAUACAAGUGGUACAACAUCAUUUCCAAAAGGUGUUAUCAUAUCACACAGAAACAUUGUCGCCAAUUUAUCAGCGUUCUAUCUGUUGUUGAAAACAUUUUCGCCGGAUUUUUUCAUGCAUAACCCAGUGAGUGAAGUUUUCGUUUCGUUUCAUCGUGGCAACAUACAGUUACUAACCGAAGAUCUAGCCGAUAUUCAACCAAAUUUGUUACCAGUUGUUCCGAGACUGCUCAAUCGAUUCUAUGAUCUCAUUCAGGUGAAAUUGAAAAAAGGAAAUCCAGUGGUACGAGCGCUAUUCAAUUACGCUUAUCAAAAGAAGUUGGCAAUGUUGAAAGAAGGAAUAAUUUGCAACGAUACAAUAUGGGAUAAACUGAUUUUUCAACGGUUACAGGCGAAACUCGGAGGUAAAGUACAAUUCAUGGCUAUCGGUUCAGCACCAAUCAGCGCUGAAGUUCUUGAAACAUGUCGUGUAGUGUUUGGUGCAGUGAUUAUCGAAGGUAAAACUGAUUUUAGUGAAGAUCAAUUCUUAAUGGAUCAUGUUUCAUCUAGUGAGAACGUCAAAUUAUCUCCAUGUGAUGUUAAGGCGCCACACCAGAAGGGCGCCAAGAGCAACAUCAAAAAAAAAACCAAAACUGGAUCAUUAGGAUAUGGUCAAACAGAAUGUACAGCACUCGCGACAUCAACAUGGCCUUGCGAUACUGUUGGAGGUCACUGCGGUGGACCAUCAACUUGCACGCUACUGAAGUUGGCCGAUGUACCGGAACUGAAUUAUUUCGCUCGGGAACGCAAAGGAGAAAUUUUGCUCAAAGGACCAUCAUGCACCGCUGGAUAUUUCAAGGAUCCUCAAAAAACAGCUGAAUUGUACGAUGAGGAUGGUUUUUUGCACACAGGUGAUAUUGGUGAAAUGUUGCCGGAUGGAACGAUAAGAAUUAUUGACCGUAAGAAGCACAUCUUCAAACUGGCGCAGGGAGAGUACGUCGCACCAGAAAAGAUCGAAAGUGUCUACAUACGCGCACCGUGUGUUCAACAAAUUUUUGUAGAUGGAAAUUCUUAUGAAAGAUAUCUGAUAGCGAUCGUCGUUCCUGACGAAGAUGCGAUAAAGCAGUGGUUAAGGGAGAAUAUCACCAGCAACGGCAAGACUUAUGAGCAAUUAUUGAAAACAAAAGAGGUAAUUGUGCAAUCGUACGUUCUGGAACAGUUAACAAAGAUUGGUAAAGAGAACAAUUUGAAUUCAAUGGAACAGGUACGUUCUGAUCAUUUCGUACUUUUUUGUGGAAUAAAACAUAACUUUGGAAUGGGAAGUUUUGUGUUGUUGAUCAAGUUUAUGCGAAACUUUUCAGAUAUAUCGCCUUAUCUGAAUACGAUUGUUUGUCCUCAUUGCUUUCCUAAUAUAUUUACUGAUAAUCGUUUACGCUAA